GCUGCUGCGCCGUACUUCCGGUCUGCGUGAGGCGGGUGCCCUGUCGUUAGGGGGGCUCCAGCGCGGAGGGGAGGGAGCUGAGGCGCCGGCGGUCGGGCAGGCAGCUGGGCCCCCCCCCGCUUUGGGGAGGCUCCUCCUCAGGGCGAGGUAGAUGCCAGUUUGCAAUGGGUCUUAAAACCAUCUGGAAGGACUACAAAGUUCUGAUUGUUAUGGGAACUAGCCUUGGGCUGGUGCACUGGGGGUGGUUUCACUUGAAGUCCAGUCCUAUUUUCCAAGUGAAGACAGAGGAAUUUGUUCCAGAACCUGGGAUUGUGGCAUACGUGAUGCAAAGGGAUCACAAAAAUAAAGAAAAAUAG